GAAAAAACGGAACCACCAUCACAGUAUGUCCCUAAGAAGUCAAACAAAUCUCUCUCUUCACUCAAUUCACCACAUUGAAGACAUGUUCUAUGAUACACCCACUCGAUUGUCUGCUCUCCGAAGUUCCUCAGAAGAAUACGCCUGAAUACUUGCUGUAAUGAACAAGUAUGCUGUGCAAGAUCCACUCAGUGUUCUUUCACGGCGAAUAGUCAAGACUUUGAUGGAUCGCCGAGAGAUGCUGCACGAGUAUUUUUGCUUGUACAUUUCAGAGACCGACGAAGACACUACCGCACCUUCUUCGCGAGUACACUCCCAAUCUCGACAAGCUAUCCAUGUUCCUGAUGCAUCUUGGAUUUCAGGUCCUCUGGGAAUCCGAGCAAGAGUGUUUUUGCUCUUUCAUGCGCGAGGUAGCGUACUUCUACUCCCCAGCCCCACUGUCCGUCAUCUCAGUGGCCGCCUCUGACGAAGAUGAACAAGACAAGCAGAAAUAUGAAGCAUGGCGCAUUCAAAACAUCCUAUUUCAUGCGAUGCGCAAGUACCUGGCAGCUCCCAAGGACAAUGAUGUCGUGCAGGUGGCAAGCUUACCGGAUCUUUAUCGGGUCUUCAAAUUGUCUUCGAACGCUGUUAGACUUCAUAUCAUACUGCAACUUCUAUCCGCGAAUACUGGUGCAUAACUCUAGAGCUGCCAUAAUGUAUGCAAACUACAGUGAUUCUAUAAUUCUAAUGAUGCAUCUAUAA